GUAAUGCAAGUAGUGAAAGAACAGAUAAUGAGAGCUCUCACUACCAAGCCUAGCUCUCUGGAUCAGUUCAAGAGCAAACUUCAGAAUCUCAGUUACACAGAAAUACUGAAAAUUCGCCAGUCUGAAAGAAUGAACCAAGAAGAUUUCCAGUCUCGUCCGAUUCUGGAACUAAAAGAGAAGAUCCAGCCUGAGAUCUUAGAACUGAUCAAGCAGCAACGUCUCAAUCGACUUGUGGAGGGUACUUGCUUUAGGAAACUCAACAGUCGGCGUCGACAAGACAAAUUUUGGUAUUGUCGACUUUCACCUAAUCACAAGGUCUUGCACUAUGGAGACUUGGAAGAAAGUCCCCAGGGAGAAGUCCCCCAUGAUUCCUUGCAAGAUAAAUUGCCAGUGGCAGAUAUAAAAGCUGUUGUGACUGGGAAAGACUGCCCUCACAUGAAGGAGAAAGGAGCUCUUAAACAAAACAAGGAGGUGCUAGAGCUUGCUUUUUCUAUAUUGUAUGACUCAAGUGGCCAGUUGAAUUUCAUUGCUCCAGACAAGCAUGAGUACUGUGUAUGGACCGAUGGACUGAAUGCACUCCUUGGGAAGGAUAUGUUGAGCGAUUUAACGCGGAACGACUUGGACACGCUGCUCAGCAUGGAGAUAAAGCUACGCCUCCUUGACUUGGAAAACAUACAGAUCCCAGAUGCUCCCCCACCGAUCCCAAAGGAGCCCAGCAACUACGACUUUGUUUAUGACUGUAACUGAGGCUGCCACUGAAACUUACUUCAAAACUGGAAAUACUAUAACUGGAGAGAUAUUAAAAAAAAGAAGAGUGUGAGGGAAAAAGAGAAACCCACUUGUGCACCUUGGAUUUUGGCUUUGGGGAGGGGUGUAGGAACACUUACAUUCCUCCCUGUUCCCUGCAUCCCUUCCUUCCCCAUUCCCAUCUUCCCCAUUGCUCAUCCAAAUCCACAUUGCUUUAAUUAACUUGUAAUUGCAGGCCAUUGGCCUUGCUUAAGGCAAAGACUGCCACUAAGAAGCACCCUCCCAAGGACUUUUUUUACAUUUUUAAUACUGGAAUAGACAUUCUUAAAUAAGGAUGUUGUCAUCCAAACUGCAUGCCUGUGAAACCCACUUGGCAGGGCAGAGGCUUUAACUGGAAGGAGGAGGGAGGUAGGGAGCAGAAGCAGCUACUGUAAGCAGAAGAUUUCCCCAGACACUCCCAAGAGUCUGCUCACAGCCCAAUCCAAUGCGAUGAUGAAAAUUGUUAACUGCUUCCCAGUGCUCGCACCACCGCCACUGCCAUUAUUCUUUCCGCUGUCAUCUCGACUCUUGCCGCCAGCCUUCACCCAACUGAUCGGCUCCCAGAAUGGAAAGUCUGCAGGUUUUUGCUGUACCAUACGCUGCAAUGCUGCAACAGCUUUUAACUUCUUUUCCUCCCAGCUCUGAAGUAGCCCCACACUAGCAGAUCACUCGCACAAACUGUGUAUGAAGCCACUAGCGUGCCCCAUCCCUGUAGCGUUCCCUAAGCCUCGGUUGCCUCUAAAAUUGGCUUGUUGCUAUUCAAAGUGAUUUUUAUUUCCUUGCUCCAAAGUUCAACAGUAAUUUCCACAAAUUAGUUACAACUGCCAAACAGCCAGGUUUACAUUGUUGUCAUUGCUACAGUGUUACGAAUUUGCAAGGGAUUUUUUUUGUACGGGUUCUAAUUUUUUUAUUUUAUUUUGCCAAACAAAUCUAUUUAAUGAAACCUAAUUUCAUUGUGAGUACUUUUGAGGGACAAUAUUUUUACUUAAUUUCCAUUUGGAACAUUUCCCCUGAAGGGAAAAAAUAGUAUUUCCCUUCAACUUCGCUGUUGAAUAAAAAUCUGAGUUGUGAUGAUU